AUGGCAAACAAACUACAGGAGGAGGUGACCUGCCCCAUCUGCCUGGAGAUCCUACAGAAUCCUGUCACCAUUGACUGUGGGCACAACUUCUGCCAGCAAUGUAUCAUCCAGGUUGGGAAAACUACAGAAAACCUCCAGUGUCCCCUCUGCAAGGUCACUGUGAGUAAGGAUACGUUCAGGCCCAACAAGCAGUUGGCUAGUCUUGCAGAGACAAUCCGGUCUAUGGAUCCCACUGAAUUCCAACCAGAAGGGGAAGAGAAAAGAUGUCUUAAACACAAGGAAAAAUUCCAUUACUUCUGUGAGCAGGACGGGGAGUUCCUCUGUCUGGUGUGCCGUGACUCCAGGAGCCAUAAGUCCCACAAUGUCACCUUGAUAGAUGAGGCUGACCAGAACUACAAGGUGCUGAUAGAGUCACAAAUUCAGGAUUUGGGCCAAAAGGACAAAGAAAUAAUUGAAGAGAAAAAGCGAAGUGAAGGGGCAAUCCAGGUGUUCAGGGCCCAGAUACAUCUAGAAAAACUAAAGAUCCUUGAAGAAUUCAAACACCUGCACCUGAGAUUGGAAGAGGAAGAGAGAUUCCUCCUGUCCAGGUUGGACUGGCUGGAGCACGAGGGAGCCAAGCAAAUAGGACAGUAUGUCACUGCGACUAAUGAGCAGUUGACUUCCCUCAGGAAGCUCUCAAGAUCCCUAAAAAAUAGGUUACAAGCACCGCCCAUGGAGCUACUGGAUGGCAUCAUAGACAACUUGAGCAGGAGUGUGGAAUUUAAGUUUCUCAAUCCAACCCCAGUUCCUGAGGACCUGGAGAGAAAAACCAGGGAAGCAAUAGCAAGACAUGCAGUCAUCAUAAAAAGCCUGGAGGGAUUAAAAGACAACCUGAAGACUGAAGGGAAGAAAGAUAAAAGCGCGUUCCUGGACAGCCUGAGUAAACAGGAGAUGGAAAGAUGGCACCUGUUACAGAAGAAUAACUCAGACUUGCACAACUCAGUCCCUGUAACCCUGGACGCGGCCUCAGCUGAUCGAAACCUCACCUUUUCUCAAGAUCUAAAGAAAGCGACUUUGUACAUGGUCCAAGAAAGUUUGAACACGCAGGGAAAACCCCGACCAUUCUACCCUUUCCACUGUGUGAGGGGUUCCCCAAAGCUUUCCUCAGGCCGCGGGGUGUGGGAGGUAGAAAUCCAGGGGCCCUCUGGUAGGGUAGGCAUGGUGGGCGUGGCCACAGAGUUGGCUUUGAGGUCCCAGAGUCAGAACUCUGGAACGAGUUGCUUGUGGGCGCUUCGGAUCUCGUCCUCUGGAUGUCAGCCGUUCACCAACUGCAAGGUCCAGGAGAAUGUUCUCAUCAGUCUUGAGAAAGUGGGCGUCUACGUGGAUUACAACCGUGGAGACGUCGUCUUCUACGAUGCCAUCACUAAAAAACACAUCUACACCUUCCAAACCUCCUUUGACAGACAGGUCUUCCCCCUUUUUGGGCUCCUAGCUUCCUGUACCAGCAUCACCCUGAGCCCCUAG